AUGAAACGCAAACGAAACGAAUCAACAAUAAUUUCCACCAAAGUCAUAUGUCUGCAAAAUGGUUCCAAUGUUGAAGUUCAACUUGAUGACGGAAAAUGGCACGCUGGAAUCGUCGUUCAAUGUCAACCAAGAAAAUAUUUUGUGAAAGUUGGACAACAACAAUAUUGGAUUGAAUCGGAUCUUAUCAGACCGAAUACAAUUCUUGAUCAGAAACGGAAUGUACCUUUUGAAUAUCGACCCGGUCAAAUUCAUCGAAAUGAUACCAAAUCCACAAAUAAAAUAGUAUCUGAUGAAAAACUAGCUUCAUCUCCUACGGAUCCUCCUCAAACUGACUCUUCUAAUGAUUUAAGAAGAAGAUCAUUACCUCGAUCGGCAGGUGCAAACGCUGAGCAAAAAAAGUCCCCAUUUGUCUGGAAACCAAGUACUGUUUCAACAAUUCAAACUCGUCGAUCAUCAAGAAAUCAUCAUUCACCUGGUGUAUCUCCUGAUGAUCAUGCUUCACUCGAGAAUAACCAUUGUCGAACACGAACAUUAUCCAAUUCGACUCAACCGAAACCAUCAUCGAACAGUGCUAAGACUUCUCCUGAAGUUCCAUCAUCUGAAGUCCUGAUUUUUCGUCCAGUCAUUCGUUAUCCGGCUUCAGAUACGAAUGGAAAACAAUCUGAUAAUCUCACUUCACCAAAACGUCAUUGUUCAACUGAUGAUGAGAAUUUCACGAAACCUGACGAUGAUCCUUCGAGAAGACACCGACAUUCAAAAGAUGAUGAAUAUCCCGAGCCUAACACGAAUUCUGAUCUUAUUUAUCACAUUAACGCUUCGACGGACAGCCGUUCGUCAUCAACGACAAGUACCGAUAAUCCGUAUCUUGUCAAUCAGUACGACACAAUUCCUCCGACUAUCGAUCAUCAAAUCAAAACUGAACCAAAACCGUCGUGUUUCCUCGAAACUCCACCUCCAUCCUUACCUGACAUUCACAUCACCCAGGAAUCCGACUCUUCACUUGAUAAACCGCUUCAACAAUUGAAAUCCAAACGGAAACAAGAUCGUCCACAACGUAAACAAAUCCUUCUGAAAUCUCAAGAUCAAGGACAACAAUUAAACGGCGUACUUGAUCGUCUAUUAUCCAAACAAAAAGACGAUGGUGAUGAUUUAGCGAAAGCGUCGCCGGAUCUAUGCGAUCCAGGUUACUUAUCAGAUGAAUAUGGUGAACCCGUGUCGUCAAAUAAAGAUUUAGAAAUCGUUUAUCAACGUUUAGAACAAAUACCCUUGGAACAAUCGACGAAUAUUCUUCUUAAUGAAAAUGAUAAAAUCUUUUUCGAACGAUUUCACACAUUCAUUCAUAAUCAUAAUGAAAAUUAUGAACAAUUGGAGAAAUGUCGUCGUGAUUCAUAUUCCAACUCGACUAAUCAACGUUUAAAUUUAAUAUCAAACAUUCUACAGAGAAUCUUUUCUCUAAGUUAUCAACAAAAUCUCACAGACUUCUUUCCCAAUCUUCCCGAUGAAAUCAAAACCCACAUGAAAUCAUGUCUCAAUCGCGUCACGGAAGACAACUCGACUAAAACCAAAAAAAUGGUCACCCGAGGCAAACGUUUAGUUAAUUUCGGACAAAAACCUUAUCGAAAUAUCAAAACUAAACGGUCAUCCCUACCGAAUCUGACUAAUCACGAAAAUUUAGUACCUAAUGAACAACAAAUGUUGUUAUCACCAUCUAGUCCGCUCACACCAGUUUCAUCCAAACUUGUCGAACAACAAUCGAAUGAAGAAUUAUUAUCUCCCAAUAAUCAUGUCAUUAAUUCCGGUGUAAUGGAAGAAAUUGCUGUUCUACCAAAAGAACGAGAUGUUUACGAAGUGAUACAUUGUCUAUGUAAAUGUGAAAUUGAUAAUGGAUUUAUGAUUCAAUGCGAAACAUGUUUAUGUUGGUCACAUUGUGAAUGUGUUGGAGUAACAGCGACUUGUAUACCAGCGUUUUUCAAAUGUAGUAUAUGUACAAAAGCAGAAGCUGAACGACCGGCACAGGUGUCAGUGACAUCAAUAUUUGAUGAUGAGACGACAAGUUCAUUUUUGACAACUGCGAACAAUGCCGAUAAAGUGUCUUUGUUUUUAUCCUACUCACGACGUUUGUGGAAUUUGCGAGAACAAAUGAUUGAAUUAAAAUUGCGUUAUACACCUAAGUUAAGAUCAUUACAACAUACUUUGAGAUGUGAUGAUCUAACUGAAUUGUUUGAUUGCGCGAAUAUUCAGUCAGAUGAAAUCGGAAGAAAAACUGAAGCGAGACAAAAAGAUCGACAAGAACUCGAAUGUAUCUAUCAAACGAUUGAUCAGAUUGUUGACUCAGCAUGUUCAUCAUCAACCGCGUCGUCCUCAUGUUUGUUCAUUGAACUGAAAACGAAGAGUGAACCAACAUUGAAGCCUUUAAGUGAUCAAAUGGAUAUUCUAAUCACACAUUUAUGCGAUGAUCAUCAAACACGACAAGCUCGUUUAACGAUCCAAAGUCGUUAUGAACAAUUAAUGUCGACAGUUGACAAUAAAAUCCAAACGAUUCUUCGAGAACAUCAAUCGAUUCAAACACAAAUGGCAUUCGAACUCGGCAUCUUCCCGCAGAAUUUCUCAGAUGAUUAUCUCUCUUAUGAUUCCUAUGAAUUAGCAUUACGAGCAGCUAUUGAACGACUAAAAUGCUGA